CCGAGCCGCGCCGAUUGCCAUCCGGCCCCGGCUCCCUCGCGCGAUCCCGGCCGGCGGCGCGGCCCGGCGGGCCCGGCGGCGCCGCAUCCCAUGGAGCUCGAGAACAUCGUAGCGAACACGGUGCUACUCAAGGCCCGGGAAGGUGGUGGCGGGAAUCGCAAAGGCAAAAGCAAAAAAUGGCGGCAGAUGCUGCAGUUCCCCCACAUCAGCCAGUGUGAAGAGCUGCGGCUCAGCCUCGAGCGUGACUACCACAGCCUGUGCGAGCGGCAGCCAAUCGGGCGCCUGCUGUUCCGGGAGUUCUGCGCCACGAGGCCUGAGCUGACCCGCUGCAUUGCCUUUCUGGAUGGGGUGGCUGAGUAUGAAGUGACCCCCGAUGAGAAACGGAAGGCAUGUGGGCGGCGGCUAAUGCAGAAUUUUCUGAGCCACACGGGUCCCGACCUCAUCCCUGAAGUCCCCCGGCAACUGGUAACUAAUUGUGCCCAGCGGCUGGAGCAGGGGCCCUGCAAAGACCUCUUCCAGGAGCUCACCCGGCUGACCCAUGAGUACCUGAGUGUGGCCCCCUUUGCCGACUACCUCGACAGCAUCUACUUCAACCGUUUCCUGCAGUGGAAGUGGCUGGAAAGGCAGCCAGUGACCAAAAACACCUUCAGGCAGUACCGAGUCCUGGGCAAAGGCGGCUUUGGGGAGGUAUGUGCCUGCCAGGUGCGGGCAACCGGCAAGAUGUACGCCUGCAAGAAGCUGGAGAAGAAGCGGAUCAAGAAGCGGAAAGGGGAGGCCAUGGCACUCAAUGAGAAGCAGAUCCUGGAGAAAGUGAACAGUAGGUUUGUAGUGAGCUUGGCCUACGCCUAUGAGACCAAGGACGCGCUGUGCCUGGUGCUGACACUGAUGAAUGGAGGUGACCUCAAGUUCCACAUCUACCACAUGGGCCAGGCCGGCUUCCCCGAGGCGCGGGCUGUCUUCUACGCAGCAGAGAUCUGCUGUGGCUUGGAGGACCUACACCGGGAACGCAUCGUGUACAGGGACCUGAAGCCAGAGAACAUCCUACUGGAUGACCACGGUCACAUCCGCAUCUCUGACCUGGGGCUGGCUGUGCACGUACCUGAGGGCCAGACAAUCAAAGGCCGUGUGGGCACCGUGGGCUACAUGGCCCCAGAAGUGGUGAAGAACGAACGGUACACGUUCAGCCCAGACUGGUGGGCGCUAGGCUGUCUCCUGUACGAGAUGAUCGCGGGCCAGUCGCCCUUCCAGCAGAGGAAAAAGAAAAUCAAGCGAGAGGAGGUGGAGCGGCUGGUGAAGGAGGUGCCCGAGGAGUACUCCGAGCACUUUUCCCCGCAGGCCCGCUCGCUAUGCUCCCAGCUCCUCUGCAAGGACCCUGCCGAGCGCCUCGGGUGUGGUGGGGGCGGCGCCCGCGAGGUGAAGGAGCACGCUCUCUUCAAGAAGCUGAACUUCAAGCGCCUGGGAGCCGGCAUGCUGGAACCACCCUUCAAGCCUGAUCCCCAGGCCAUUUACUGCAAGGAUGUUCUGGACAUCGAACAGUUCUCCACAGUUAAGGGUGUAGAGCUGGAGGCCACUGACCAGGACUUCUACCAGAAAUUUGCCACGGGCAGCGUGCCCAUCCCCUGGCAGAAUGAGAUGGUAGAGACCGAGUGCUUCCAGGAGCUGAAUGUCUUUGCGCUAGAUGGUUCGGUUACCCCAGACCUGGACUGGAAGGGCCAGCCGCCUGCGCCCCCCAAGAAGGGAUUGCUGCAGAGGCUCUUCAGUCGCCAGGACUGCUGUGGGAACUGCAGCGACAGUGACGAAGAGCUUCCCGCCCGCCUCGAGCUCCCCACCCGCCUCUAGCCCCCAGCCCGAGGCACCCCCGGGCAGCUGGCGGUAGCAGCUACUCCGAGCGCUGUUUACAGUUUUGCACAGUGGUCUUCCCCCUUGUCCACUCGAGUCGUGGUCUGGGGAACACAGCCGGAGCUGUCCCUGGUGCCCUCUGCCCUUCAGCCCCUAGUCUGGCUGAGUUUGGCAAGGCCUGGGCUGUCCCUGGGACAAAGGUGCGUCCCUUCAGCUCUUGUCUGUGGAGCUCGGGGCUUUCUGUAUUUAUGUCUUUGUACGAAUGUAUAUAGCAACCAGAGCGUUCUUAAGACCUACCCUGGAGCCGGCAGAGGGGCUGCUGCCAAACUCCAGGCUCCUAAGGCCCGGCCCGGAUGGGUGAGGCUGGGCCGGGCCAGGGUCCUGAGCCCCGAGCACUGUGCUUGCCACCGCCGACCUCCGAGUAAGACUCAUGCCUGCCCCUGCCGCCCUGGGCUCGGGCCGCCAUGUCUGGGGCCCAGUGCUGUCCCUUCUCAGCACUGGUCAGAGCUGGAUCUGGGGCCUCAGUGUCCCCUAGGCCUGUGCCAAAGUGUGACCAGAGAUUGGGCUGACCCUGGGACCCCUCAGUCCACUGCCCAGGCUGUCCCAGAGGGGUCUGCCUCUGCCUUCCAGCUUCCAGGGCACCUUGUCCCUCAUGCUGGGCCCCGUUCCUGAAGACACCUCUUGCAGAAACACCCCAGCCCAGGCCAUAGGAAGGGUGGGGGCAGGGGUGUCCCUGGUCAACCCUCAAACAUUCCAGACUCCCCUCAUAACAACAGACACAUGUGCCCAGCAAUAAUCCGCCCCUCCCUGUGUGUGCCUGUGGUGUGUGUGUGUGUGUGUGUGUGUGUGAGUGUGUGUGGUGUGUGAAGGGGGUAGGCUGAGGCUGUGUGCCUGUACCCGAGGCCCCAGCCCUGGCCCUUCCCAGACUGUGAUGGCCAUCCUGGUCCCAGUGUUAGGGUAGCUCGGGAAUACAGGGCCCCAGUUUUUCCAUAUUUAAAGCCAAUUUUUAUUACUCAUUUUGUCCAAUGUAAGCUGCCACGUGUCUCUAUGUGAAUACAGUCUGAGCACAAACCUGGC